AUGCCCAAGUACCUAGGUCCGUAUCAAAUUUUGAAGAAGGUUGGGCCUGUAGCUUAUCAAAUCGCUUUACCCCCGAGUUUAUCGAAUUUGCAUCCUGUAUUUCAUGUCUCUCAAUUGAGACGAUACAACCUGGAUCCAUCACAUAUACUUGCACUGGACGAAGUACAAGUGAAGGAUAACCUCACCUAUAAAGCACAACCUCAAAAGAUUACUGAUCGAAGAAUGAAGUCGCUGAGAGGAAAGGAGAUCGCGUUGGUGAAAGUGCAGUGGGGGCCCGACGAGGGUGAUUCAACCUGGGAGUUAGAGGAUAGGGUGAGAGAAUUGUACCCAAGUUUGUUCCUAGAGUAG